AUGAGUUAUAUAGCGUUGUGUAUCAGUGGUCACGUGCCCGACGAACAGCUGCUGUUCGAGUACCUGCUGAGGAACCACGAGAAGUCGGUUCGUCCCGUCGUCAAUUCCUCCACCGUGGUGCUCGUCAAGUUCGCCCUGCGUCUCAAUCAGAUCAUUGACCUAAAUGAACGGAAACAGGUGUUGACAACCGAUCUGUUUAUUGACCAGGAAUGGACGGACGAGAACCUCAAAUGGGCACCAGAGGACUUCAAUGGUAUUAGGUCACUGAGAGUGUCAGCUAACGAAAUCUGGAGACCGGACACUUUGAUCUACAACAACGCUGACGAAUCCACAUCUGGGUUUCUUGUCGGCAAAUAUGUUCUCAUCCACCACGACGGCUCCAUCUUCUGGCCCGUGCCGCUCAAACUGAAGAGCUCCUGCAAGGUGAACAUCGUUCUGUUUCCCUUCGACGAGCAGAAGUGUUCCGUCCUGUUCGGUUCGUUCGCCUACGACGAGCGGUGGGUGGACUACGUCACCAUGCGCAACAGCACCGUCGUCGAGAUGGAUUACUACAUCCGGAACACGGAGUGGCAGCUGCACACCGUUACCCUGGAGAAGUGUAUCACUGCGCGGGACGGCUGCUCCGAGCCCAAGGCGAGCAUCUCGCUGCGACUGCGGCUGCGCCGGAACACGUUCUACUACAUGGCCAACAUCAUCGUGCCGUGCAUCAUGCUGUCGGUGUUGAUGCUGUUCACGUUCUGGCUGCCGCCCACGUCGACGGAGAAGAUCCCCAUGGGGCUGUCCGUGUUCCUCACGUUCUUCAUGUUCAUGCUGCUCGUCGCCGAGGAGGUUCCCGCCACGUCGGAGGAGGUUCCGCUGAUAGGAAUCUACCUGUGCGUUGUCAUGGCGAUGACGUCAAUGUCCGUCAUCCUCGGGGUGAUCAUCAUCAACAUCUACAACCGCGGCAUGAAGAUGAGAAGGGCGCCAUCUUGGGUUCGGCGUCUGAUUCUGGAGCGUAUCUCGAGACUCGUGUGGAUGGGGUGCGACAUCGAGGUCCUCGCGGCAACCAUCCGACUAGACGAUCGUUUUCGAGAUUUCGUGCUGAGAAAAGAUGCUAGCCCGGAGACUGAAGAAACGUUAGAACCAACACAAGAUAACAGUCAGUCGGUGAGAAUCGAUCGUGCUGCAGCUAGAGGGUGCACCACCGUGACCACUCGAGCAGACGUGCAUUGUAAGACUUCAGUGUCAGAUUCCAGGCAGCUGGAACUAGUCAGAACCGUGUUCGAAGAUACACUAGUGGCAGCAGACACCCACGCCCAUUCAGACGACCGGGAACGCGAACUCGAAGAAUCAGGAACAGAGGAUAAAAGUAAAGUAGACAAAGCAACAACAGACGCCAAAGUAAGAACAGACACACCAGGAAGUGAUGUCAAGGCAACAACAGACGCCAAAGUAAGAACAGACACACCAGGAAGUGAUGUCAAGGCAACAACAGACGCCAAAGUAAGAACAAACACACCAGGAAGUGAUGUCAAGGCAAUAACAGACGCCAAAGUAAGAACAGACAUAUCAGAAAGUGAUGUCAAGGCAACAACAGACGCCAAAGGAAGAACAGACACACCAGAAAGUGAUGCCAAGGCAACAACAGACGCCAAACUAAGAACAGAUAAACCAGGAAGUCAUGACAAGGCAACAACAGACAUCACAGUAAGAACAGACGCACCUGGAAGUGAUGUCAAGGCAACAACAGACGUCAAAAUAAGAACAGACACACCAGGAAGUCAUGACAAGGCAACAGCAGACGCCAAAGUAAGAACAGACACACCAGGAAGUGAUGUCAAGGAAACAACAGACGUCAAAGUAAGAACAGAUGCACCAGGAUGUCACGACAAGGCAACAACAGACGUCAAAGAAAGAACAUACGCACCUGGAAGUAAUGCCAAGGCAAGAACAGACGUCAAAAUAAGAACAGACACACCAGGAAGUGAUGUCAUGGAAACAACAGAGGUCAAAGUAAGAAGAGACUCAACAAGAAAAAGAGACGAUAAUGCAACACCAGACAACACAAUGGCAAUCGCCGGGCAAAUGCGAUCAGACGCUAAAGCAACAACUGAAGAAAAUGCAGAAAUGGGCGAUGAAGCUAAAACGGACGGCAUAACUGAAAUUGAGAACAAGACAAGAACAGAAGGGGUAACAACAGGUGAAAAGGCAACUGAAGACGAAACAGCAACAUUCAGUAAAGCAGCAAAAGACAAAAGAACAACAGGCAAAAAAGCAACAACAGGAACUGCAUUGUCGACAGACAAGCACACAGCAAAUGAGAGAACAACCGAUGGUGAUACACAAACUGACUUAAAACUAGAUGACGCUGGUGACGUCACUGAAAUCACACCUGGGGCUGCGCCGAGUUCUGGUGACGUCAUACGUGAAUCGACGUAUCGAUGCUGGACGUGGGAGAACCAGUCGAAGAGAUUGAUCGUCGCCGAAUGGCAACAAAUGGCAGCCGUGAUGGAUCGAUUCCUCUUCUGGGCAUCGUUGUGUUUGACUUUCAUAGCUUAUUUCACUAUCCUUGUCGUCAUACCGCUACAGUACAGGUAGACAAACAGUUUGACUUUCAUAGCGUGUUUUUCGAUUAUAUUCGUCAUACCACUACAGUACCGAUAGAUAAAGAAAUAGAGAUUGUGAGCUAUUAAAAACUGUAGUUGUCUUUGUAUUUUGUAUAAGUAAAUGAUGUUAUAAUAUUACUUGAGAUUGUGCAUUUAUUAAAAUAGUAGGGGCAGGACAUAGCUCAGUGGUACAGCGCUCGCUCGAUGCG